UACUUAUCGCUUUAUGUGGAUGAAAAACUGCGGAAAGGAUUGAAAUCGGAAAGCGAUGAGAAUGUUGAGAAACUUCUUGACAAAGCCUUGGUUUUAUUCCGUUUUCUUCAAGAAAAAGAUGUUUUUGAAAAGUAUUAUAAGCAACACAUGGCAAGACGUCUAUUGCUUGAUAAGAGUAUCUCGGAUGAUAUGGAAAGGAUGAUGAUCACUAAGCUCAAAACGGAGUGUGGUUGCCACUUCACUCUCAAGUUGGAGAACAUGUUCCGCGACAAGGAAUUGUGGACUACGCAAGCGACGGCUUUCAAGGAAUACAAAGAGAACUUCUUACGAGGUGAAAAUAUGAUCGACAUCUCGGUGCGUGUGUUGACUGCUGGAAUUUGGCCUACUCAAAGCGCUACUGUAUGUAUUUUACCCCCGGUCUGUGAAUAUGCGUUCAAUAUGGCACUUGUUGUUUUUCAGAUGUUCAGCAACUUUUACGUAAACAAACAUAAUGGUCGUAAACUUACGUUGAAUACUAUGUUGGGUACAGCAGACGUAAAAGCAGUUUUUUAUGGCGGUGGUACUGCAGCGUCGGAAAUCGAUUGGGAUAUAAGUCAUGUUCAAAUUGUGCGCGAAGUUGUAAACUUAGCCCUGUCCAGAUCAGCCUCUGUAGAGUCUCCUAAGCCUGGCACAUCCGAUGCACGGGAGCCGCGAAAGGAGGAAAACAAAAUACUCAUGGUCAAUACUCACCAGAUGAUUAUUUUGAUGUGUUUCAAUAAUCAACCGCGAAUCACUUUCGAAGCCCUUUUGGAGCAAACAAAUAUAGCAGAAAAGGAGUUGAAGCGCAAUCUGCAAUCACUAGCAAUGGGUAAACAUACUCAACGUAUUCUGUGCAGAAAAGGAAAAGGAAAAGACAUAGGUGAGUGUUUCUAUUGCUAUAUACUCGCUUUCCUAGACACUCUUUCAUCCUUGGGUUCUAAGUGAAA